GUGUUCACUGGUCGCGGGCGGUCCCGGGUCCAACACAGACAGCUGAGCAUGAUACUCCAUCCUGCCAACUGGGCUUUUCGAAGCAGUGUGUGGUGCUGGCGAAACCGGGCUGUCAUCAAAGCAGCUCUGAAGGCCUCGGACGUCAACGGUUGGCGUUGGUACUCGACCUCACUUCGUGGCGGUGUCACGGGCAUGGAGGAGAUACUGGCCAGGGUCGUUUCACCUUUACCCACGUACGAAACGAGAGACAAAUCCCCUCCUCCCCCCGAUUCAAACAGCUUGGAGUUCAUGCAAUUUUACGGAAACCUCGACAAGGAAGACAAACUGGGCUUCCUAACGAAGCUCUCGCAAGACUUCGGAGUAGACCACAAAGGCGUCUCAGAGCUCGCGUUGAGGCUGUUGGACGCUCAGCUACGAGACCUGGCCACUAUUCUGCAGGUUGAAGACAGGCUGCGAUACGGCUUGACUCCCCGUUAUAAACAGUUGCUUAACCAUAUAAGCAGGGUCGAGGGUGGGGUGAAGUUUCUGGUGGAUCUCAGAGCCGAUGUGCUUGAAAUAAUCUCAGCCAAAGCUAGCGAAAGCCCGCAGAUAAGGGACCUGAACGGCACGCUGAAGAGCUUGCUGUCCGAGUGGUUCUCUGUUGGUCUGCUCCGACUGGAGAGAAUCACCUGGCAGUCCCCCUGCGAGAUCCUACAGAGGAUCAGCCAGUAUGAGGCAGUGCACCCUAUAAGGAACUGGACGGACCUGAAGCGCAGAGUGGGGCCAUACCGCCGUUGUUAUGCCUUCACCCAUGCCGCCAUGCCAGGAGAACCCCUUGUUGUACUACACGUGGCCCUCACUGAAGACAUCGCUGAUAACAUUCAGAGUAUCGUCCGCGAGUUCGCCACUCUCGACUCCGAGGAGGAUGUAAAUAAGAUAAAUGCGGCCAUCUUCUACUCCAUCUCCUCCACCCAGGCCGGCCUUCAAGGGGUGGAGCUGGGCAACUACCUCAUCAAGAGGGUGGUCCGAGAACUACAGAGCGAGUUCCCUCACAUGGCCCAGUUCUCCAGCCUGUCUCCGAUCCCGGGCUUCUCCUCCUGGCUCCAAAGUCUGCUCAGCCAGUACAGGAAGGAAGGCCGGGGCUCCGACCUCCUCUCUGAGCAGGAGUGGAAGGAGGUGGAACAGGCCACGGACUCGGCCCCGGGGUCUGCAGCCAUUGAGGCCCUCCGCAAGCUGAUCGCCACCAGUGAGUGGAUGCGUUCCGAGCGCCUUACCCGUGUCCUGGAGCCUGUCCUGAUGCGUCUCUGUGCCUGGUACCUCUACGGGGAGAAGAGGCGAGGCUACGCUCUCAACCCAGUGGCCAACUUCCACCUGCAAAACGGCGCCACCAUGUGGCGGCUCAACUGGAGCGCCGACACCAGCCCGAGGGGCGUGGCAAACUCCUGCGGCAUCAUGGUAAACUACCGUUACUUCCUGAACGAGACGUCUAAAAACAGCGCUCUUUACCUGCAGAACAAGGUCAUCACUGCGUCGGAGCAGGUGCUGGGGCUGGUGACCCAAUUUCAGAAGAGCAGCAAACUGUGAGAAAGAGACAAGGGUAAACCCACAAAUAAAAAUCUGUUCUGUUAGAUGGCACUUGAUAUCAUUAAUUUGAAACUGAAGGACUUAAUUAUAAAAUGGUUGACAUAUUAUUUAAACUGCUUCAGAUAUACCACUGAAUAGAUGUCAGCUGAUAUUAUUUUUGAAUUGAAAUUAGAACAUUUCUCACAUGAUGUGUCUCAUCCCAUCGUCUGUAUGUAGUGCAUAGGUUAGGCUUCCUGCCUCAUUGGGUUUCUGGUUGAGGCUGUUUGAUAUUGUGUAAGUGCCUCUCAGGCUGAGAGACUGUAGCUAAUGAAGCACGAGGCAUCCAUCAAUGCUUUACCAUGUUCCUGGAUAACAGUGUGUGUAAUGGUGAAGCAAGAGCAAUGAUGGAGUGCAGCAACUGGAAUAAAUGAUGUUUAGAUUCUUUCAUUUGGCUGAACUGUCUCACUGCAAACAUGUUGAUGAAUGGGAGAGAGUUGGACUGUGUUUUUCUUUUAUUCAUGGGAAGGGUUUUUAUAGUGUUUAUAUACACCUGCUUAUUCCCGCUAAAGCUCAGUACACAAAAGGCAUGAAAUCAGUGAGUGCAUAUAUGAUUUAAUUUGACAUAACUCUUAACAAAACAGUUUUUUCUUUCAUCGACUGUGCUCAUUCUGAUCCACUGGACUGGACCCUCCUGGUGCCUCAUUCAAACAAUUUUAUUUUGUUGAUAAUUUUUGCCUACACACACACACACAUACACACCACCAACAACAGCUCCAGAGAGCCAUCGUUGAUGUUCUAACUGCUCUGUACAGGUGCCAAGAAGGGCUCAUAUAAGCCCACACUCCAUUGUUGUGAUAUAUAAUAUAUCACAGCAAGUUGACUGUGAAAUAACAUUUUAUCUCUCCAAGGAGCCAAACUUUCUUCUCUGUUUUUUUUUCACACCAUCUGUAGCCCCCCCCCA